UUCGAGGUUGCAGCAGGCUGAGGGAGACCGUGGAAGGUAAGCAGGGAGGCAGCAUCAUGGCGGACAGAGACAGUGGCAGUGACCACGGAGGGCUGGCCACAGGCCCCGGCUCGCUGCCCCCGGGCGCGAUGGGCGCCGCGGCAAGACUCCAACACGACACAGAGGAGCUCGCAUCGAAGCGAGUCGACAUCCAGAAUAAGCGCUUCUACCUAGAUGUGAAGCAGAAUGCAAAAGGCCGCUUCCUAAAGAUAGCCGAGGUCGGAGCUGGGGGAAACAAGAGCCGCCUCACUCUCUCUAUGUCAGUGGCAGUGGAGUUCCGUGACUAUCUCGGGGACUUCAUCGAACAUUACGCCCAGCUGGGCCCGAGCAACCCGGACAUAGUGCAGGAUGAGCCCCGGCGAGCCCUCAAGAGCGAAUUUCUAGUGCGAGAGAAUCGCAAAUAUUACAUGGAUCUGAAAGAGAACCAGAGGGGGCGGUUCCUCAGGAUCCGUCAAACCGUUAAUCGGGGGCCCGGAUUGGGAAGCGCACAAGGCCAGACAAUCGCGCUUCCAGCGCAGGGACUUAUCGAGUUCCGUGAUGCUUUAGCCAAACUCAUCGAUGAUUACGGUAUGGAUGAGGAUCCAGCCGAACUACCCGAGGGCACCUCCUUGACUGUUGACAACAAGCGCUUUUUCUUCGACGUGGGUUCUAACAAGUACGGAGUGUUCAUGCGGGUCAGCGAGGUGAAGCCUACCUACCGGAACUCCAUCACUGUUCCGUGCAAAGUGUGGUCCAAAUUCGGCAACACGUUCUGUAAAUAUGCCGAGGAGAUGAGAAAGAUCCAGGAGCGGAGUAGAGAGAAACGGGCCUCCGAACUCCUACCGGAGGGCCAACAUGGUGACGACGGGGACGAUGAUUGACGGAUUACCGGCUUGAGCAGAAAUAAAUAAAUAACAACAAACAGACUUUAUAAACCGACUUUUACUAUAAAAUAUAAAGAGAGAAUUCCAAGGGAAGCACCCCACACACAACCUUCACAGUCAGAUUGGCAGUACUGUCUCGUCGUUCAUUGCUGGAUAUCACCCACUUACCAACCAUUUUAACAGUAAGCCGCUGCUAUCAAUAACUGUUUGACCUGUAAAAUAUGAACUGUUUCCUACUUGAUUUAAAUGACAAUGAACAGAGUGUUUAUUCCUCUACCAAACAAACAAACCGAUUUUGCACACGUCCAUGCUAUUUCGAAAAGGUUUCCAAAGUGCAAAUUUAAAAAAUACAAAAUAAAAACCGGGGUAUAAUCCUACAUGGAAAUGACGACGAUCUCCAUGUGAAGAAACAUCAGCACAAAGAGAAAAUAAAUAAAUAACUUUACCAAACCAAAAUCUGAAAUCAGAUGUAGUUUAUUAUUAUAAGGUACGCAGGAAAAAAAAAAAAUUAAAACGCUAUCCAUUUAAUGUGUACCGCAGAACGCAACGCACAGGCUGAAAAAUAGAUCUGCCAAUAUGCCUACACCUCUUUUUAAAAGGCAUUUGAGAAAGUAUUUUAUUUGAUCGAAAAUGUAGCUAUAACUCGUUUCUAUAAUGUCAUAGGCCUUCAUUAUGGAGUCUUUAUAAAUGAAGAGGAGAGUCUAAAUACUGCGCUUCUAUAUAGGCCUUCAUUAUGGAGUCUUUAUAAAUGAAGAGGAGAGUCUAAAUACUGCGCUUCUAUAUAGGCCUUCAUUAUGGAGUCUUUAUAAAUGAAGAGGAGAGUCUAAAUAUUGCGCUUCUAUAUAGGCCUUCAUUAUGGAGUCUUUAUAAAUGAAGAGGAGAGUCUAAAUACUGCGCUUCUAUAUAGGCCUUCAUUAUGGAGUCUUUAUAAAUGAAGAGGAGAGUCUAAAUAUUGCGCUUCUAUAUAGGCCUAAAUGGGCUAAAAUCAUCUUUACUAUUGAAUAUCUACCCCUUUGCACCAUGUCCAUUCAAAUUUGGACCAAUGGUUAGAUGAAAAAAGUGCUAACCUAGAUAUACUAAUUAUGAUUUUGUGAAUCAGCUGUAUUUAAAUCCUGAAAUGCCCACGUUUUCUGUGGGCGAGUUUUCUUUUGGGGGGGGGGGGGUGUAAAAACGAGACCGGUGAUGGGAGCGCGAGACGCGUAAAAAAGACGCAUCAGCGCGCGGCUACAUGCAUGCAGAGCCGCGUGGGCGCAUCCUCUCUGACGUCAGAACAACCUGGUGCCUUAUACACUCCACUCGUUUACGUGUUUCACAUUGGGGUCGAUGUUGAUGAUAUCUCUCUCGACCACUGUAUGUUUUCAUUGAUGAGUACUGUACUGAAGUAUGGCUAUUGGUCAACACUGAUUAGCCAAACCAGAGGCCCUUUUCUGUAGCCUGUCUCCCUCCACAGGUGAGGAGAGCAGAGAAUGGCUUCUAGAACAGGAACAGCAGCAGCACUUCUAAUGUGAGCAUGGAUAGUCAUCAGAGGUGUGGCGUUGAUUCUGUCCACUUCUUGCACCAUGUAAAAUAAGAUGGGUUGUAACUGGACGUGUACAGUAGUCAGUCAGUGGGGAUGAGAUGGAGACGGAUGAUGGAUGAAUGCCCUAAGAGUCCCUUGUGAGGUUUUUGGAUGUAGGCCAAGGCAGUAUCUUUCUAUGGUGCUACAGCCCCAAUAUAAUCCAAACUAGACCGGGCCUGCCAGUCUAAUUUGUCACCUUGCUUUAUUUGAUUUCUCAAUGUUACUCUCCACAUGAUGUUGUCUGAGCAGCAGUCUCCCUCUACACAGUGUGAUGACAGACUGUGAGGACAUUACAUUAUAGUGUGCAAUAUUGUACGUGCCAACCGUGGCAUUGUAUGUCGUAUAGACAAAAAGAAAAUACAAAUAUAUGUGUUUGAUAUUUGAAAAGCAUGAGGCUGAAUUCUGCAUUAUAAUGGAAAUGUGAAGUCUUUCUCUGCAUUUAAGUGAAAAGAUGUCAAAUUAGUGUGUGAGAUUUCCCAUCACUUUCAUAUACAAUAACCCCACUGUGUUUCAGUGAGUGUAGGCAAGUUUCUGGUGUUUCUCUUUCCACAGAUUCGCUACAGAGACACUUCCCCCCUCACAAAUCAGAUAGCUUAUCUCAUCUUCAAGUCAGUGUUAAAGGCACAGUCCUCCCCCUUCUGUGUCUUAUAAUUUAAUUGAAUAGUAUCUUGAAACCUCUGUUUUACUUGGAUAGAAGGAGAAAAAUUAAACGAACAUUACACAAUGUCAACAAAUUGACAUGAUGACAGAGGGGGUUGCCCUGACGAUGAAGUGACCAACCAUUCUGCCUGGGGUGAAGACGAAUCAUUCUGACAGUUACCCAGCAUCCUUUUCUCUCAGUUCAGCAUUAAACAAUGCCAUAGAGGAUUUCUUUAAGCGAUGAUUAACAAUCAGCUAGCUAGGUUAACCAUCAGUAGCCGGAUUUAGAGUAUCACUGGGUGGCUUGGAUUAGUUUAUUAGAUCUAAACCUACUCUACUGUACUGCCAUCAGACCGGCUGGCAUGAUGUUGAAGACAGACUGAGCAGUAGUAGGUCUGCUAUAAUUCCACCUGCCAUUUGGAUUGGGUCGGAGUUACAAGUGUAAGAACGAGGCCUCGGGAUGCAUGGGUCCCUAUGUGGGGCCCCAUAUAGGGACCCUAUUAUAUGGCCCUUUACUAGGCCAGCAUUAAAGCUACAUUGGGUUUCUCUCCUCUUCUGGAGAAAAUUAUAUUCCCUAACACUGCCCCAGAAUGUCAGAGAUCCUUUGCAUAGAGUAACAUCCACAGUUUAUCUGCUACAUUGUGCCCCACACAUAAAGCACAUUUGAGGCCAGAAUUCAGUCAAUACGGCACUAAUGCUGUGAAAGACCAAAUGCUAUUUCUACACAGUAAAGGCUUGAUUGAAUUCAGGCCUCAAAUGCGAGAAAUGAAGACUGGAAAUUCAAUCCACCUUUUUCAACACUCUCUUACCUGCCAAUCGUAGACAUACUAAUUCUAACUCAUUCAGCUCACAUUUUAUGUUUGUAUGCCUCGCUCUGUAAAACGCACACAUUUUUGAAAAAUAUUAAACAAAAGUGAUAAUUGUUUUGUCAGUUCACAAGGUGCUAUUGGGUACGUUCUGGUUCCGGAGUGGAGUGGUUCUGUGUAGUAGAUUCUAGAACACUGCCUAUUAUAAAGGUACAGCACAGUGUUGGGGUCAGAACCAACUGCCACUGUCCAGAGUGGAUGGCUUUACCAUGUUGCUCACAUUGCACAGUUAAUCAAUGGUGCACAAAAUGGACGCCAUGUGUUUUUGUCCGAUAAUCAAAACCUGCAAUGGGUUGAUUGAAACUGUGCAGCAGCAUGGCUAGUUCAGUUCAGUGUAACAUUGGUGGUGGUGAUGGUGCUUGUGCGGUUUGCAUCAGAGAGCGAUGUCUUAGAAUAGAAUUUAUGACCUAUUAGAGGUGCUUUGUUCUUCAUAUUUGUACUUAACAGUGGGAAUGUGUAUUUUCUGACCAGUGAUCUAAACAACAGCUGCAUGACCAUGGUAAUAACCUCUACCAGUCCCUUUGGAGGUUUGCUCUUCUGGAAUCUCUCCCACUAGAAUUCCAAAACAGACUUAACUAACUUCCAUUCAUUCUACCAAGCUGUUUAAAGAUCUGUUCAUCUGAUGUUUGUUUUCUUCAGUUCAACUGAUCUAGUUUCAGUGUUCUAUUGUCACUAUGACGUUUCACUGGGCCUUCAAGUUCAGACCAAUCGCACACAGACAAAGUCUAUAAUAUGGGCAAGGCCAAUCACAAUCUUGUUUGUGAAGCCAACAGUCAUCUUGGCCAUUACUAGCUCAGCACACAUUCUGUUUUGCACAUACCAAUGCAAAGUCCUUCAUGUAUGCAGACUGUAUAGGCUACUGUUAUGUACUGGGAUGAGACAUUGGGCAAAGGGGCUAUAAAAGUCAAUGGGGAGGAAGGGGGUCAAUGCACAAUGAACAUAUCCCAUGUCACCGUAUGGUCUAACAACCCGUUUAUCAACCCUAUAUUAUAUGUUGUACCUUUCAAAAUAUUUUAUCUGUGGUGUGUGUGUGUGUGUGUGUGUGUGUGUGUGUGUGUGUGUGUGUGUGUGUGUGUGUGUGUGUGUGUGUGUGUGUGUGUGUGUAUAUAUAUAUAUAUAUGGUUUGUUAAAUAUGAUGAUCCUUUCAGAAAAAUCUAA